GAGAGGGCUGUUCUUUCCUGGUUGUGACUACAGGUCACCAGUCUUUUAUACUGGAGAGCGAGAGGGAGUCGUUCAUCGAGCAGGUCCGUGAGGUCAUCGAGAUGGCUGACAGAAGGGUCUGGAGAAAGAUGGAAACACCCAGAUUGUUUCCCAGAUAGUUAGUGACCUCCAGCAGCAACAGAUCCCUGCUAUAUCUGAACGGUUGCCAGGUAUCCCUUCCUGUGCAGCCCAGGUGGUCCACUCUGCAGGCAGGAGGUUUAUAGUCAGCCCCGUGCCUGAGUCCAGACUCAAGGACCAGUUCUUUGCUGACUCAGCGGCUGCAGGCUCUGCCCUACUGAGACAAGAUUCACAGUCCUUUAUCGCCGGCCGUGCUGCAGGUCAGGGUCUGUCCCAGUCGGCCUCAGCGGUCAGCCUGCAGCAGGCCUUCUCAGAGAUGAGACAGAAUCAGGGCCAGUACGACCCAGGACCCAGCACCGCUCCUCCCUCCAUCCACAUAGCCUCCCUGCCUGUCCUGGUCCCUGCUGCAGCCACCACCACCACCAUCCCGGUCCCUGCUGCAGCCACCACCACCACCAUCCCAGUCUUCUCCACUGCUCCUAUAGCCUCUGCUCUUAUCCCCCAUGCUCAGGUUUCAUCUGAGGCCUCUGUGACCUCCCCUCCCCCCUCAGUCUCCAUCUCCCCUCCAGCCUCCACCUCCCCACCUGCAACCAUCCACCAGGCCACCGCACCCCUCCCCACCCAGCUCCAGUCUGUUGCUACCCAGCCUCUCCUUUCCCAGGCCCCUCUCACCCUGCCGGUGACCCAACCCGUGGUCUCCUCCGUACCUAGUGUUACAGCCCCAGUCCCUGCCCCAGCCACCUCUGUGUCCCCCCCAGCCCCUGCUGUUCUCCCCACCUCAGCCUCCUUCCCCCAGACCUCUGGCCCAGGCUCCAUCCCUGGUGGUCCCACCACCUCCAUACCCACUACAGUCCUUUGUCAUUCCGCCACGGCCCCCCUGGUCAGCAGCUGUAGCAGUGGUAGUGGAGGUGGAGGAAGCUCAGAGCAGCUCCCUGUCCCUUCCACUGCUGUCCCCCAGUUCACCGCUACCGUAGUCCCCACCACGGCUGUCCAAGGCCCCCUGCUAGCCCCCUCCAUUGCUAACCCCAGUGCAGAGCUCCCUUCUUCCUCCUCGCCUGUAGCCUCUCUAGGCCCAGGGGCCACGGUCCCUACCUUACAGCCCGUGACCACCACCAUCCCCGUGGUCCAGCCCACCCUGGUGCACACCCAGCCCCAGCCCGCUACAAUGCCCAACCAGACCCACGCCCAGGGUGGYGAGUGUGAGGCGGCCCUGGGCAUCGAUGACAUCCACGCCCUGGAUAAGAAGCUUCGCUCCCUCUUCAUGGACCUGGGCGGCGGUGGAACCACCCAGGCCGAUGGCUCUGUCGACCCAGCCGGAGGCACUGGUGUCCCGGGAACUUCUUCCCCAACCGGUCCCUCAUCCACCGCCAGCUCCACAGGCACCCCCCUGCCCCCCUCCAGCCUCCCCCUGGCCUCCUCAGGACCAGGGCAUGUCUCUGGGACCCCCCUCACCACCCCGGGACAGGCUGGGACCCCUUCCACCUACACCCAGACUACCCCCGCCAAAGCACCUCUGUCUAGGUUACCGGUGUUGCCUGUGGGCUCAGAUCAGGCUCAGGCUGGCCCCCCUCCUCCCUCAGACCACAUGGCACCCUUCCCAGGACCCUGUCUAACUCAGUCCCARCAGCCUCUGGAAGACCUGGAUGCCCAGCUGAGGAGGGCCCUGAGCCCAGAGACUGUCUCUGUCAGCUGUGUCWCCACACAGUCCUCCCUCACUGGGAUGCCUGCAGGUGGCCAGCCAGUGCCUUUCUCGCUGGAAGGGGAACCAAUCACGUCGCCUAUUGCUGGAGGAUUCCAACUGGGACGAUUCCAGGUCUCUGUGGCUGCAGACCAGGGUCCCCACAAAAUCGAGAGAGGAAGCCCCACAAAAUCCUCCUCCUCCUCCACCUCCUCUUCUUCCUCCUCUCUCUCCAGCCCGGAGAACACACUGCACAAUGUCUCCUCCCCUCUCCGCGGCGGUAAGACCGGUGGGGGAGAUGUUGUGGACGGCUUGCCCUCCCUCCCCCACCGGACCGCCUCCCCUCAGCCCACCACCAUUGGCCGCUUCCAGGUCACCAACGCACCGGAUGCCAGGGUGGGCCGCUUCUCAGUGAGCCGAGCCCAGGAUGAGGCAGCCGAGGCUCUGUUCGAGCAGCCACCCGCUUCCCAGGCUAACGGGCCUAGUACUGAUCCUGACUUGGCCACCAUGCUCUUCAGCCCAGAGGACAAACAGAGCUCCCUGCCCAGCCUCAACAACUCCUACAUGAGCUCUGAUAACGACUCUGAGUUUGAGGACGAGGACUUGAAGAGGGAGGUCAACCGGUUACGGGAAAA